UGGCUUUCAUUAAGAAUGGUUUAGAGAGAGAUCCUGCCUUGUGCUGUGGUGGAACAAGGGGCACAUUUAAAUGGAAGUGUAUGCCCAUAAAUAUUCCUGUAAAAAUUAAAUGUUCCUCUGUCCAGCCGGGUGUCAGAGCGAUCUGACAUGACCGCAUGCAGGCCUGACUCGUAGGUACCACGACCUAUUAUUAGCCACUAUCACCGCCUUCCUCAGCUGAGUCUGGUCGGAGGAAAAAUAUUCAUUACGUAACAAUAAAGGAUCUGUCUCCCAGACUCACUUCCUGAAUACCAAAGCAGCAACUAGGCCUCAUUCUGAGGCAGAGCGGAAGCCUCAUCCGUUUGUUUGUUGGAGCGGUGCAGAGCCCUGCUUGUUGUUUUCUGCUUAUCCUUUUACUCCACCACACUCGCCACACCACCCCUCCUUCUCAGCACCUCUUUGUGGGUCAGUGAUGCAGCGGGAGUGACGCAGCAGUGGCAGUAGCCUCCACAAGGCAACUUUGCACAGCAGGAACAGGGAAUCUCCGCCACAACCACAGUCUGAAGGGAGAGGGGACGAGGCUAGAUGCCCGAUCUAGGCCGAGAGAAGAAUGGGAGCCUGGCAGCCGCUUUCCUCUGCUCCCGCUGAGCAAACACCAGGGAGACUUCCACUGCGGCAGAGACGGGCUCGACAAAACCUUCCCACAGAAACGUUUUGGUAGGCCAUUCCAGACGACUUGGCUGGCAGAUGACUGUGGCGUCCUUGAACCUCAGAGCCUGAUGGAUAGCACGCACCCUUACACUGUGCUCAACAAGCUCAAUGAGCAGCGGUCUCAAGGACUCUUCUGUGAUGUUACUAUCGUGGUUGAGGAUGUAAAGUUUCGGGCCCACAAGAAUAUCCUGGCAGCCUGCAGCGGGUACUUCAGGAAUGCUCUGACGGCUUCGGACACGUGGAGCUCCAGUCAAGUGCUGGAGCUUAUGGACUUGAAGUCAGAGGUAUUUGCGAGUAUCCUUAACUUCAUAUACUGCUCAAAGGUGUCAUCGCCUUUUGCAGAGGACUCGGGAGGGCUUGUAGCAGCUGGAAAAAGACUCGGAAUUCCUUUUUUGGAGAAGUUAUCAGAGGAAGAGAAGAAGGAUGAAUGUGUUAAAUCCACAGACCCCUGGACUGCCCCUGGGUGUGAAAAGACAAAGAAGGAAGCUGCCAGGCCCGAGGAGAUAGAAAAUGCCAGAGGCCCUCGUAUUACCAAUGCCUUCUCUAUCACUGAAGUGUGUCCUGGGAACAAUCCCUUCACCCCUCUAGUUCAGACAAAUAGGGACAGGCAGAUCCCAUCUGUCCCAGAUGUGGGACAGCUCCCACCAAGUUGUCCCACAACAACCUGCCUCAGUGCAACAAAUGAGGCUCCCAACGCUCUCUCGGAGCACUCGUAUGCAGUAAGCAAAUCAUCCGAAGGCAAAGAAAACAGUUCAUGCGACAACAAGAAGGUCUGCAAGCCAGCUGUGUCGCAGUCGAAGCAGCUCAUUUACCGAAAUUCGGGCCCACUUAAAAAGCGACACAGGCUGAGAGGCAUUUUGGGGAGAGGUACGCUUUCAACGCCAGCAGAACCGCAAAGAGAAGCAUGGAACACAAAAACGCCUGCGCUGACUGAUGCUGUCGCUGCAGACCCCGGCACCGUCACUGCACCACCUCCACUUAUUUCAGAGGCUGAGAGCAGAGCCAAUCACGAGUCUCGCAUGGAGCUCGGCCCGCCACCCCUUUCCCCUCACCCGGAAGACAGCAUUUCCAUCUACAGCUGCGAGUACUGUCCAGAGAUAUUCUCAAACAAAGCUAUGCUUACAAUGCACUCUGAGGUCCAUAAAAAGCGCUUCGUGAGUCACCUGUUUUGCAAGUUUUGUCGCAGAAAGUUUAUUCAUCUCAAACGACUUCGCAACCACGAGCAGGUCUGUCCAAAGGCUGGCAGAGGCCCGCCCGAACUGGGCACCAGGGAGGCGACGGCCGAAGAGGUGGACCAGGGUUCGGAUAAGCGUUCGGACGUGGAGAGCGAUGCGACGCAGCUUCCCUCGGACGACCCUCCCAGCCCUUGCACGCCACAACCCGUUCAGCUGGACCGAGCAGAGCCGCAAGUGGAUGAGAAGGCAGCGAGGCCUGGUGGGAGUCAGAGAAGGUACAACUGCAGCAUGUGUAAACGGGUCUACGUGACUUUAUCCAGCCUGAAGCGGCAUGAGAAUGUACAUUCCUGGCAGAGGGCCUAUCCCUGUCAUUACUGCAAUAAAGUGUUCGCCUUGGCGGAAUAUCGCACGAAGCACGAAAUCUGGCACACAGGGGAGCGACGCUAUCAGUGCAUCUUCUGCCUGGAGACGUUCAUGACAUAUUAUAUCUUGAAGAACCAUCAAAAGUCCUUUCAUGGCAUUGAUCCGAGUCUUGCUGUUAAGAAGAAAUCUGCCAACGGGGGGCUGAAGGCGAGUGUUUAUCCAAUCAAGCUUUACAGGUUGCUUCCCAUGAAGUUUCGAAAGAGGCAAUACAAGACGUACAGUCAGACGUACUCUGAGAGUGUUGAAAGAAGUGAACCAGACCCACUGGACAGCGCGCCUCUCAUCCCUCCUUUUGAAGAUAACAGUAUGGCCAGCCAUCAGGAUACUCCUUCCUUCCCUCUGACCUUCAUGGCAACCACAAAGAUGGUCUCUCCCGUGAUGCCUCGCAUUUGCUUCGACAAACCACUUGACCAAGAUGUGGACCGCAGUCACAGCAGUGGACUGGAAACUCGGGGAAGAACUAGAAAAGAGGCUGAGAACCCAUGCUUUGAUAAUUAUGACAGAAUCUUAUCUGCGCAACCCAAUUCAAUCUCUAUUGCAGAUUGCAAGAGCGAUCCACCAAUGCUAAUCAACUCAGAGCACAUCAGUCAUAACCUGCCGUUCUUUAACUCACUGAGCACUGUCAAAAAGUUAGGAGAGCUGUCAGCCUCUGCAAAAAGAGUUGAGGAUAUGACUAAGGAGAUUCUUCAGUCAAGCACAGAGACCUUGGUGUGUAAUAAGGCUAUGGGGGCAAAAACAGAGACAUAUAUAGCUAAACCUGCAUGCCAGGGUCCUUCUGUAAACAGCGAGGCCAUGCCACUAUGUCAGAUAACCGUGAAAAUAGGCAAUGAAGCUAUAAUCCGCCGUCAAAUCAAAGGCUCUAAGCUCUUCCCCAGAAAGAAGAGGAGAAUCCGAGAAACGAGUGAGGACAAGAGCGCAGGCCAGGGCUCUCCAACAAGACAAGACUCAGCGAGUCCAAGGCUCCGUCUGAGGACAGACGUCACUGCCACAUCAAAAACCGAGACGUACGAUGACACCAAUGAGGCUGACACGGCCGAUCAGCUUUGGCGUCCGUACUAUUCCUAUAAGGCUAAAAAGAAAAGGAAGAAGCUCCGAUACAAACACAGAAAAGCUUUGUUUCACCAGUAUCCUGAAACAUGUCUUGACAGGACACCUGCUCGUGACACCCAUCUGGAUAGAGCUGGUUUUCUGACAGAGGAGAGCGGCUCUGGGGCUAGUACAGGGCUCAAACAGAGCCUUGGCAGGAACUCCAGUCCCAGGGCCACCUAUAACUGCGACAUCUGCGACAGCUCUUUUAUCACAGAGACCGGUCUGAGGGCUCACGUCAUUGGGUCACACCCAUAUUUCUGCAGGACCUGCGGCAAGCAAGGCCCGCCCGGCGAGGCCCCGGCCAGUGGCGAUUACGUCUGCAACAGCUGCAUGGAAAAUGGCUCCUGCUUCGACAACACACCCCGGAGCCCCAACCCAGAGAAGAAAUAUCGCUGCUCCUUCUGUCCCCAGCGUUUCCUCUACCUUGCCACGAAGAGAAGCCAUGAGAAAAAGCACCAGGAGACAAAUGAGGAGGGAUAUAGCUAUGACUCCUUCACGCCAACUUCUAAAUACUCUGCUCCCCUAAGCGAGGAAAAUAAGCAAGAGACCAUAAAAGCAGAGGUCAGUGAAAGUCAAGGGAUCACUGACAUCAAACAUGAAAGGAUGGAGGAGGAACCUUUUUCUACUGAUAAGAGUACACCAAAAAUUGAAGACACAGACGACUUCUUGUCUCUGACCACCCAUCAAGAUGUGUCUCAUUCCAAUGUAAAAAGUUCAUUAUCGCCCUACGGUGACUCAGUGUUUUCCCUGUCCUCCUCAAAGUUUAAACACAAGGUGGCAAAAAAGAGGAGUAGCGUGCAGAAUUCUAUGCAUCUUGUUUCGAAAAAGCAAGCCUUCAACAGAGACAGCGACAGCAGUAAGAAUAGUUCGACAGGACCAAGGAUAACCAGUCGCAGUGACCAGGAGAAGUCCAGUAAACUCUUUAGAAGAAGUGAUUCUGAUUCCAACGGUACACAUGUCUUUUUACACAAGCCAGAGAAGUGGUUGUGCAAAGAGGAACCCUUUUUUUGAAAGUCUUUGAGGAUUGUGAUGACGCUUUUGGAAAAAAAAAAAAAGACAGAAAGUGAAGCACCUUCUUUGGUUCGGACACACAAAGGCUGUGGUACUGUUGUAAGGAUGAUGCUAAAUACAAAAGACUAAAAUCGACGUAGGCAGUCAUUUCUUCCCUCCUGAACCCAACAACUCAGUGAUUUUUUUUAACCUUUAUAAAAGAUAUUUUUGGGUAAUAUAGGACCUUUUGACACAAACUGUACUUAUCUUUUGUCUAUGCAUGUGAGGCAGAGUCAGUGACUCAUGAUAAUGUAUCUUCAAACGCUGUGCAAUAUGAGAUCAGCAUUUGUAAUGUGUUGGACAGCAAACAGCUGCCUAGUGUGGUUCCAUGUUCACUUUUUUAAAAUAAGUUUGAGCAAAGCAACAUGAAUUUUACUGUUGUCAUAAUUCUUAGUCUCCCGUUCACUUAACUGGGCUUGGUGAGUUGCACUUUAUAGGUUAGACUAUAAUGACUUGCUUUUUAGUACUUUGACAAUUGUAUUUCAAUUCUAAGCAUUUAUUGAUAUUUUUUCAUUUCCAAUGAAUUCACAGAACCACUGAGAUUAAAGUUACUCCUUUUGUGUGUUUAAUAUAUACAUAUAUAAAAUAUUUAAAUAAAUAUU